AUGGUCGCCCCAGCUGUACCAGAGGUCACCGAGGAGGUUCUCCACGAGUCCGUCGAUGCGAGAACCGAAUCCCUCGUCGCCCUCCGAGAGCUUGGCCCGCCUGAUUUGGUGCAUCUCUUGAAGCAAGGUGUGCGCAACACAGGGAGACAGACCGGCAUCUACCACCAUGUUACUGGCGUCGAUGCCUCGUCCUCGGCUAGUCUGGCUGCCUACAUCAAUACCCUUACGUACAAAGAUAACGGACCCAAUGCCACAUCCAAGAUUGUCGAGGGACUGUACUGCUGUUAUAACGCGUUCUCUCGACUGGACAUGCGCGUUCACGUCUCUAUCCCAGGCACUGUCGAGAGCUACUGCGUUGACGAGCGAGGCGAAAAGCGCAAGGCGUCGGACGAACUUUGGCUUGAAACGUACCUGUGCAGCGUUCUAAGGGCGUACUCUUACGCCGAUGAUGGCAGCGGCGAAGCCAUUCGGAAAAUCAUGGGUGUCAGGAGAUUCAACCCAAUCACCAACACGGAAACCGAACAACGCUUCCUCAACGCCGCCGAGCAGCUCUUUUUCAGGGGCUGGCAACUGGGGUCCGACUCCGUUGUCCAGGUUCCCACCAACGUUUCGAACCACCUCACCACAGGGCUGCUCAAAUACCUCGAGACGACCGGCCGCUACGCCUCCGGAAUCAACCUGUUCGAAAAACUGCGCACGCAAAGCAUCGAGGUUUCCUCCUUGCUAUCCAAGGUCAUGUUUAUGGGCAAUGAGGAAGUUGCUGGCGUCAAGAAUCUCCACCAAUCCCUGCAGGAAACACCCAUGGAUUAUGUCAUGCUGGAUGCCCAGGCCGAGUUUCUGCUCAGAAAGGCGCGAAAGGCUGGGACGCCGGAGCAGCGAGACGAGCGCCUGAGAAUGGCCCUUGGGUGUGCUGACCGUAGCACGAUUGCUGCACCCAGCGAAUUCGGCACUUGGGCUAGGCUUGCAGAAGUCUACGUCGCCAUGGAGGAUUGGGAGAACGCACUGACAACUCUAAACUCGUGCCCCAUGUUCACCUAUCAGGAUAAAGAUACACCCGUCAUGCCGGAACCGAGGGACGUGCAUCUACCCAUCUUGCCAGAGACGAGGUUGGAUGAAAUUGACAGCGAGCCCGAGUCCCGAUUCUCGGAGCAGGUCGACGCCAGCUUGAUGGGCCUCCGAGCCGCAGGCUACAGGGGCACCUUCAAGCAAGCCUACAAGAUUCUCACGGAAAUGACGGCCAAGAUUGGCUGGGAUCAGCUGCUGAAAAUUCGAAGCACCGUCUUUGUCAUGGAGGACGAGUACCGUACAGAAAAGCAGGAGGCAUCGCAGUCUGCGGUGUCCAGGCGGAAUCCAAGCACCGACGGCCUGCGAGGAACCCCUGUUCCGGCGACCAAUGGGGACGACGACUCUGGUGAUGAGGAAGCCAAUCAGUCUGCGGGUAGGGAAACCAACGGUGAGGCAGCAGACACGAAUGGCGAGGCCAACAGUGUCGAGAGACCUCCUCAAACCAUCGAUCCGAAGCUCAUCAAGGCAGAGACGGAGAAUACUGUCCGAAAUGAAGAAAACUUGUCAAAGCUGAACACAAAACGACUUUGCGAACGCUGGCUCGACAGCCUGUUCAUGGUUUUGUACGAAGACCUUCGGGUGUACACUAUUUGGCGCACCCAGAUGGCUCAGUACCGCGCACAGCAGAUGCAGUAUAAGAAAUCCGCAGAGGAGUGGGAGAUUCUGGGCGCCUUGGCGGAGCGCUUGCAACAUGUCGACGAAGCCGUGGAGGCGUAUAGGGCCUGUCUGUCGAUACGAUUCAGCCCCAGGUCACUGGCAGGCGUCUUGCGCGUCUUUGAGAGGAGCAAGAACACAAGAGACACCCUGGGCGCCGUCAUCAGAUUGGUCACCUGGCAAUACCGCUGGUACAGCGAGUUUAGUCCCGAGCUGCUACGCACGAUCCGCACGUUGAUCGAGGACGAAGGAGCAGUCAAGGUGAGGAGCAUCAUCCAGGCCACGAGUCUGCCGCAGAAUGUGUUGGACUUGACGCACCACUACGCGGCCUUGUGCGCCACGUUUCGAAGCAGCGGGACGGAUGGUUAA